UUUGGGGUUUUCCGCGUCAGAGUGGCUUUCGGUUCUCUCUGGUGCUGUUGUUUAGAGCGCUGCUCUCUUCCCUUUUCAGUCUAUAUUAAAAAGUGCAUAGGCGCUGACGGCUCUCUGGUCUGUUGUCUGUUGUGUGCGAGCAGCAGCGAGAUAGAAUGGACGAGGAACAGACAAUUCUGAGUCGCAGCGUGAGCUCUGACAGCGGUGAUGUUGGGAGGGACCGUGCAAGUAAUGGGUCCACGGCUCGCGCCCUCAAAAUCAGCGGCCUCACCAUGCUGGCUUGCAUGCUAGUGGCGGGACAGGCCCUCACCAUCUACUAUGUGGCCAGCCAGCAUAGCCAGAUCAGAGACCUGGAGAAUACCGCCAGCAACCUGAAGCUGCAGGCGUCUCGUAGGCCCUCUGGUCCAUCUUCCCCCCAGGUGGUUCGCAUGCCACUGUACAACAUGCCGAUGCUUAUGGACAUGAGGAACGUCGAUAACAACAAGAUCCCCGCGACGAAGCUGGAGAACACCGCAAAAUUGAGCAUGGAGGGUCAGGUGAAGGAGCUACUGCAGGGCAUGGAGCUUCCCAAGUUCAACGAGACCUUCCUGGCCAACCUGAAGAGUCUGAAGAACCAGAUGCAGGAGUCUGAUUGGAAGGGAUUCGAGAACUGGAUGCACCAGUGGCUGCUGUUCCAGAUGGCCCAGGAGGAGCCCUCAGUCGCCACGACAGAGGCCACUAAGGAAGCUGCCACCAUCCGGACUAAGUGCCAACUGGAGGCCACGGGGGAGUCGGUAAAGCCCGGCUUCUACCGGCCGCAGUGCGAUGAGGAAGGCAACUACCUGCCCAUGCAGUGCUGGCACAGCACCGGCUACUGCUGGUGCGUCGACAAGAAUGGCAAUCCGAUCCCGGGCACUGAGAUUCGCGGGAGGCCCAUGUGCGGAGGUCCAGCGGAGGCACGUAUGAUCGCUAUGCCCAGGAUGGCCAGCUUGAUGGAGGAUAAAGCGUAAACGCAGUCUGAUCCGAACAUGGAAUUCUCAUUCAUUACAACAUCAUUCAUUACAUCUCUGAAAAUAAUCAUUUUACAAAUGACUAACAGUUUUAAUGCAAGUAUAGGCAAUUUGGAUUCCAUUUUUUAGAUCAAGCUUUAACCCCCUUCAUAAUUUUUUUUAAUGGCAAGCUUAAUGAAGAAUUUUCUCCAUUUUAUCCACUUGUGCUUGAAAAACACUGCUCAGACAUCCUAUUCAUUCUUGCAAUAAAUAUCUAGCCCGUGGGGAAUUUUGUCUUUUUUUAGUAAGUAAAAUACAUAUGUAUCUAACAUUAUUUUAUUCUUUUUUGUCUUAUAUGGGAGAUGGUAGCGUAACUAAGUUACUGAAGGGCAGGUGAAUAAUUAAUAUGGUUUGAUUUGUUAUAUAUGAAGGUCUUAAAUAAAUAAAAGAUAACUUUACUACCA